AUGUGGCCGAAUCAUUUGAUGGGUUCUCAUCAUCACCACCUUGUGUAUUCAACAAACCCCUCUUUCAAUGGUAACUUAUGGGAAGUGCAUGUUAUUGCGGCGGAGAGAGCUAGGGCAUUCGGGGGUUAUAUAUGGCCACUACGAAUUUACAUUUGUCGCUUUUGUGGGAGAGAGUUCAGGUCCCCGCAAGCCCUUGGGGGACACACAAACGUGCACUGGAGGGACAAGGCUAGGUUGACGGAGUCUUCUCCAUCUAAUGGUCAAAGAGGUGUUCAGAAUGGUAAUAAUCCCAUCGUACCUGUAGAUGCUCGAGGAAAUGGAAGGACAAUAGAAACAAAUCUUCUAUCUGGUUUUUUGCCAAACCCGAGUAUUGAAAUCCUCCCCAACCCUAUAGAGGAUUUGGAUCUGGAGUUGAGGCUUGGUCCUCCAAAGGUUGAAUAA